AAAAACAAACGUUCACUCCUUUUCUCUUCAGAUCAGUUUUUUACUUAUCCAAUGGAUGCCACGGCCGUGCCACCUGACUCUGACCUGUGGCUACCGGCCACGGAUAGUAUGGGAUUCGCUUACGGGCUUGUUGUCUCCAUUGGUAUACUUCUUCUAAUUACCACAAUCACCAUCACUUCUUAUUGUUUAACUCGAAGCCAUAUCUUCGCAUCUUCCCCGAGGACAAUAAGACGCCGGCAAAGACAGACCAAUGCAACUUCAGGAAAUGGCGAUGAACGGUUUCACUUCGACGGCGAUGAUCAAAACGACACCGUGGUGAUCGAAGUCUUAGGGCUAGACGAUGAGGUUAUCAAGAGCUUCCCUAAGUUUCCUUACGAAGAGGCUCGUGUGGGUUAUAGCUUGCAAAAGGAUGCCACUGCGACGUCGUGUUGUUCUAUAUGUCUCGCGGAUUACAAGAAGACAGAUAUGAUUAGGGUUUUGCCGGAUUGUAACCAUUUGUUCCACGACAAGUGCGUUGACCCUUGGCUCAUGAUUCAUCCUACCUGUCCAGUUUGCCGUACGUCUCCAUUGCCGUCUCCGGCGAAGACACCAGUCACCGACGCUGUUAUCGGUCGAUAG